UAACAGGAAAAUAGACAAAAUUUUCUAAUGGUCUCUUUGACACAGUAAUCUUUGUUAUUACAGAUACCAAAAUCUUUACCUAACACAAAUACAGCAUAUUUCAGUGUAAUUCUUUCUACUUAAACUGAUUUUAAAAUGGAUUGAAGGAAGCAUGCGACAUACAGUUGAUAACCAGUAACUUCCAGAUGGCCAGAUCAGAACCUCAGGACAGAAAUUACGAUAAUGUGGUAAAGAUGGUAGAGGACCUGAACAGAGACUUAGAGAAACUCCUGGAGGAAAUGGAAAAAAUGACAGUGCAGGCAACCUGGAUGGCAUAUGACAUGGUAGUAAUGCGUACCAACCCAGACCUGGCCAAUUCCAUGAGGCGUCUGGAAGAUGCCUUCCUGAAUUGCAAAGAAGAGAUGGAGAAAAAAUGGCAAGAGGUGCUAAGGGAAUCUAAAGGUGAAGAGCAAAAAAAGGAAUAAAUUAGUCAUGCUGUCACAGCUACAUCCCUUGGAAAAUCUCUCUAGUCUUUUUGUUUUCCAGCCAUGGAGGUUCCACAAACACCAUGGAAAAUGGAUUGCCAUUCAUUUUACUAUGAAAUACUUAUGUGUAUACAUUUAUGGAAAUAUUUUGAUGAGUAUACAUACAUGUAUUAAUAUUGUUGAAUAUACAAGGUAACAAUGUGUCUAUUUGUAUUGCAUUCAUCAGCCAUCUUUGUAGUGUAUGUGCAUAUACAACUUAUUUUCUGGAAGAUCACUCUCACUUCAGUCAGUAUGUGCACAUGGAAUAGUUUGACCUCUGAAUAAAUGUGUUGGGCAAGAAA